AUGUUGUAUUCAUUAUCAGGUGACAUUAGUGGAGCCUGGGAAAAAGAUCCAGACAUGCGGGAGCGAACUGAGAAAUAUCGAAAACGAGCACUCUCUAUUGCUCAGAACAUCGGCCUAUCCUCGCAUCUUUGGACUUACAGCAGCAGCAGUCCUGCCCAAAAGAUCGGUAUUUUUGAGAACAAGAACGAUCAACAUGAUCAAAGCGAGAAUCAUAGUGCAUCGCUAAACGAUGUCAGAGAAAGAAUUGUGCAGUGGGAGGACGCGCUAAGACAUAGAAAGGAUAAUAAAAGCAACGGGCGUGUCAUUCUUCUCGAAGGCCCCGAAUUGAGUCCCAGGUUAUUAGAACUCUUAGGGGUCAUUUUGAACAUCCCACCUCACUUUUUUCUGGGCCAUAAUUGCGGAGAUUGGCAUCACAGUGCCAUUGAUGCAUACUUCAAGCAAGAUACUUCAAUGUACUGGAAAGUCCAAGUCCCACUAGUACCUCAAACUGUAUCAGUCGAACCUGGCCUACGACAAAUAGGCCAAUUCCACGUAAUCCAAAAAACAACUACUUAUAACAAUGUCUCAUACUGGACCAGGAGUUUCGAUCAUAACUCAUGGACAGCUGUAAUACUAGUAGAUGCAAAGGAUUCGAAACGUGGUCCGAGUUACCGAUACGGCACCCGCAGUAUCUCUAUGAAGACCUCUUUCCAUGAAAUCCUUGAGACGGCAGCCACUAAAUCUGAUUAUAUGUAUCAGUCUUCCAUCUUCGGUGCUGUAGUGGCGAGUUACAGCACGAGCAAAAUACCAACUACAAAUGAUCCAUUUGAAGGAUCAAUACUCAUCCGGAACAUCAUACGAUCAUGUUGGGAAGAAGUUGUUGCUUCUCUCGCUGCCCAAAUUGCUUUUAGAGCACGUACAUCAUACUUCCGACCCGCUAUCUACAAGGGCAUCGCAGCCAAAGCGUACGAACACUCCCUUCAUUCGCAGCUAUUGAUUGCAGAAUUCAAAGAUCUAAUGAGCUCUAUCAUGUGGAAAUUCCGGUGCAAGGAUACAGACAUUCCACAACACAACUCUAACGCUUUGCCCGACAGUGCCACUAACCAGCCAAACGUUGCAUUACGGGAUGCCCUUAAGAGAGAAAAGAAUCGAUGGUUGAUGCUCCAUGAGAGACUGAUCAACGUGGAAAUUACCAUGGCUAAGCUGAUGGAUAUAUGGGUACAGCAGGCAGCCGUGGAACAAACGGCAGCAGCUACUCGAUUGGCUCGAACAUCAGGUCAGCUUGCUAAAAUUGCAACAAUCGUUGUUCCGUGUAAUUGCAUUGCAACGAUCUUCUCUAUGAACGGACGUUUUGCUGUGGGCAAAGAGCUCUUCUAUGUUUACUGGAUCAUAUCUAUUCCCAUAACCCUGGGACUCCUGUUUUGGGUACUAUAUAGAGAUGUCAUGGAAAUGUUUAAGAGGUUUCGUAAUCGGUAUCGUGAAAGAUAA